AUGAAGAUAGCAAUAAUCGGUGCCGGUAUCAGUGGAUGUGCGGUCUAUCUCGCCUUGAAGAAGAGACUCCCAGCCGGAGAGGAGCAUGAAUACACCAUCUAUGAAGCAUACGAAACCUCAGCAUCAUCUCCACAGAACUAUGCUGAUGGAGAUGUACAUUCCUCCAGCUUCGUCGUGGGUGCCGGGCUGGCAAUCUGCCCAAACGGCUUGAGCUGCGUCAGACGGCUUGAUGAAGAUAUAUACCACACCAUUACUAGGAUGGGAUACCCAUACGCAUACCAGCAAAUGAAGAGUUCCCAUGGAUGGAAUCUCAUGAAGAUGGAAGCCUCUGGCUCGAAUCCAAAGAUCAACUCUGUCUCGUUGAGUCGGCAUGCCCUGUGGCGAUCCUUUCGAGAUCGUGUCCCGGAUGAUAUCGUUGUCAACAAGCGAGUGGCAUCAGUUGUUGCGAAGCCAGAUGGACGAAAUGUUAUCAAGUUUGUUGAUGGCAGUCCAGAUGUAGAGGCAGACCUAGUCAUUGGUGCUGAUGGACUCAAAAGCGUCACUAAGUCAGCUUUGUUUCCGGAGGAUAAGGAAGACCGAUACCCACCACAUUACGAAGGAGUCGCUGGAGUAGGUGGGUUCUUCCCGGCUGACCAACUACACGACCAAAUUGAGCCGGGGACCAUGAAUCUGGUCUUCGGCGGAAAUGGGUUUUUCGGCUACUGCUACACCAACAGUGACAAGGACGAGCCAAAUCGCCAUAUACCUCAAGGAGUACUCAAACCAGGCAGCACGGUAAUGUGGUGGUCUACAUACGAAGCUAAAGAAUGUCCUGAGACCAAAUCCAUAGACAAAGCCACCAUCAUCCAAGACGUAAAGUUCCGACAUGCCUCGUGGAAAAGCCCCGUGGUGCAGAAAAUACUCGCCUCAGCAGAUAUACAGAACAUGUAUCCUGUCUGGACUGUGCCGGAACUGCCUACGUGGGAAAGUCAUGGAGUUGUACUGAUCGGUGAUGCGGCACAUGCUCUCCCACCUACUUCUGGACAAGGUGUGUCUCAGGCAAUGGAAGAUGUAGAGUGUUUCUCUAUAUUACUGGCUCAUAGCUUGGGCAAGGAAGGCCAGGAAUCGUCAGAGGGGAGUGCGCUUCAGACUCGAAAGGCGAGUAUAUCGUGGGCAGCGAAGAAGUUCAUGGAUAUACGCAUGCCUCGGAUCAAGGCAAUUCUUGAUCAGGCAAGGAAAUAUCAAAAUCAGAAGCGGAAACUUUCUGUCUUCCAGGAAUGGUUUAUGUAUUUGAUGAUGUACCUUAUGAGUAAGUCGGAUCUUCCGGGUGUUAAGGGAACAGGCACUAAGGACCCGUUUAUAGGUUUCUUUCCAGCUCCGCCUUGGGUCAAGGAAAUAUAUUCGUACGAUAUUGAGAGUGAAACCCAAAAAGCCAUUGAAAAGUCAUAG